AUGUCAAAUUUACAAAAAGCCAUUCUAGACAAGCAAAUUCAGGAGUCCAAAGUACUCAACGCAGAGUUGUCGCAUUUGAAGCCUACCACUGCUCUAUACGAACGUCAAGUGCCUUCAUCCAAUAUAUUCUUUCUUGCCAAAGACAAUGAAGCUGUCAAAGCCAAAAGCCUGAGCUUCCAGAAGGAAUUGGAAAAGCAGCUCAAGUAA